AUGGGGAGACGAUCGUUUAAGCAGUUCGUGGAACAAGAACUCGGGGGCGUCCCCGAGUUCUUCAUCUACGCGGUUCUCGAAUGGGUGAUGAUCUUCAUGUUGUUCAUCGGCGGGUUCGUCGCGUUCUUCGCGUACGAAUUCGCCCGGUUUUUCGAGCUGCCGAUCCCUUGCUUUCUUUGUGCGAGGCUCGACCUGCUCGGGACGAACGACGACCGAUGUUACAACGAAUCGAUAUGCGACAACCACAAGAAGAGCGCGUCGUGUCUCGCCUUCUGUCAUGUCCACAAGAGGCUUUCCGACAUCCGGAACUUGUGCGAGAGCUGCCUCCUGUCGUUCGCGACCGAGAGGGAAACCGAUUGCAAUAGGUACAAGUCCCUGUUGGGGAUCUUACACAAGGAUGUGGAUCAGUUGUUGGUCGACGAAAACAACAACGAAGUACAUCACUCGUUGCCGCCGGCUUCCGAUGCUAAAAGGGAUGAAAGACCGGCGGGUUUUGAGAGGAGCAAUGAGCAUCGUUGUACGUGCUGUGGGCAUCGAUUGAAGGUGGAAUCCACCGGUUCCAAGGGCAGAAAUUCUCCCCUGUCUUCCCUUGCUCCGUCGCCGUCGGCCGAUCAUUUGUCGCCGGAGGACAAUGAUCGCUCAAGGGGAUUAGCCCUUGAUAUGCCAUUGAAGGAAGAUGGCAAGGGUGGUCCAAUGCCAAUGGUGCCGGAGGGUGAUGAAGAAGACAAGACCGCGAAGAGCAGCAAGUUCUUCGGCAUCCCUUUGUCGGAUUCCUCAGCCGACAGUCCCCGGUGGGCGGCCAAAACUCCGAGGAAGAUACUGCUUCACACAUCGGAGUUCGCCGCCGCUGAUUGCAACGACGACGGCCACACCCCCAGCAGUCCCCGCAUGGGGCGGAAGUCAUUGAUGGCACUGUACAUGGAACUCGACGAAGAACGCAACGCCUCCGCCGUGGCCGCCUACAACGCGAUGGCGAUGAUCACCAGGUUACAAGCCGAGAAAGCGGCGGUUCAGAUGGAGGCGUUCCAGUACCAGAGGAUGAUGGAAGAACAAGCCGAGUACGACCAAGAAACACUGGAGGAGAUGACCAAUCUGGUGGCCAAAAGAGAGGAGGAACUCAAUGACUUGGAGAUCGAACUCGAGGUUUACCGGGCCAAAUACGGCCGCCUGCAGGAAAGCGAUUUCGAAAAGCAUACACAAAGAGACGAGAACGACGAACUAAACACCACCACCAUCAACGACGGCGACACCAAAACGACGUCGCUUUCGUCCUCCAACUGCGACAAACCCGAAACCGCACUAACUAUUACCAGUAGGGAAAACUCGACGACUCAGAAAGAUCAUCAUCAGAUUGAGUCAGAGGUGGAGCCGGCAGAAGCAGCAGCCACCAUGGACAAAACCAAGAAAGUGGGAACCGAUUCCGAUCCGAUGGCGGAGAAGACGGGAGGGGAAGCCACGGCCAAAUCAAAGAAAGCAAUGCGUCAAAUGGAUCGGAUGAAAAUUCUAGAGAAGAAGAUGCACAUUUCGACGAUGGGAAGGUUUCAGAGGCAAAAUAGUGAGAUUGGCGAAGACUUUGAUGAGUAG